GGGGUGGCAAUAAUGUAAAAUCUGGUAUUUGCCUGCUGUUUACGAGAAGCCUAUUAUGUUGGCUCAUGCAGUAUAUCAAACACUGGACUGACUAGUUUUAGUUUCCUCUCUGCCGAAGUGCGAGAGAGAUUCCGAAAGAAAAAUCAUCCUCGUGUUCAUAAAAAAAACUAGUGUUUAAUUAACAAUCUUCGGAAUUUGAUGAAGGAUGACGUAAUUAAACGUUCUUCAAAGUUGAGGUUAAACUUUGACUCCCGGUUCUGUUUCAGGAUUCACUUUGAACAUACACACAGAGACAACGUUGACUACUUCCAAUCUUUACAUAUAGGUUUACUCCAACAACCUUGGCCAUGAUGGGUAGCAUAUAUUACGAUAUCAUUCGGCGAAUAGCCAUUUGUGUUGUUUUAUUGACCAGUCUUCAUGGAAUUACGGAAUCACAGGUGGAGGUAUGCUUUCAACAAAACGACCUUGGCACGAUGGGCGAGAACUGUACCUGUACAUCUCGUCCUCCGGUGCUACCAACAAGUCCUUCAUUUUGCUUGAGCGUACCUACUCCUUCCCCCACCCCCACUUCUACUCCUAUUUCAACACCUACCACUUCUACUCCUAUUUCAACACCUACCACUUCUACUCCUAUUUCAACAACUACCACUUCUACUCCUAUUUCAACACCUACCACUUCUACUCCUAUUUCAACACCUACUACUUCUACUCCUAUUUCAACACCUAACACUUCUACUCCUAUUUCAACACCUACCACUUCUACUCCUAUUUCAACACCUGCCACUUCUACUCCUAUUUCAACACCUACCACUUCUACUCCUAUUUCAACACCUACCACUUCUACUCCUAUUUCAACACCUACCACUUCUACUCCUAUUUCAACACCUGCCACUUCUACUCCUAUUUCAACACCUACCACUUCUACUCCUAUUUCAACACCUACCACUUCUACUCCUAUUUCAACACCUACCACUUCUACUCCUAUUUCAACACCUACCACUUCUACUCCUAUUUCAACACCUACCACUUCUACUCCUAAUUCAACACCUACCACUUCUACUCCUAUUUCAACACCUGCCACUUCUACUCCUAUUUCAACACCUACCACUUCUACUCCUAUUUCAACACCUACCACUUCUACUCCUAUUUCAACACCUACCACUUCUACUCCUAUUUCAACACCUACCACUUCUACUCCUAUUUCAACACCUACCACUUCUACUCCUAUUUCAACUUCUACUGAUACUACUAUUUCAACACCAACCACUGAUAAUACUAUUUUAACACCUUCUACUGAUACUACUAUUUUAACACCUUCCACUGAUAAUACUAUUCCAACAUCUACCACUGAUACUACUAAUUUAACACCUUCCACUGAUACUACUAUUUCAACACCUCCCACUGAUACUACUAUUUUAACACCUUCCUCUGAUACUACUAUUUUUACACCUUCCACUGAUUCUACUGUUUUAACACCUUCUACUGAUACUACUAUUUCAACACCAACCACUGAUAAUACUAUUUUAACACCUUCUACUGAUACUACUAUUUUAACACCUUCCACUGAUAAUACUAUUUCAACAUCUACCACUGAUACUACUAAUUUAACACCUUCCACUGAUUCUAAUGUUUUAACACCUUCUACUGAUACUACCAUUUCAACACCAACCACUGAUACUACUGUUUUAACACCUUCUACUGAUACUACUAUUUCAACACCAACCACUGAUACUACUAUUUUAACACCUUCUACUGAUACUACUAUUUUAACACCUUCCACUGAUAAUACUAUUUCAACAUCUACCACUGAUACUACUAAUUUAACAUCUUCCACUGAUUCUACUGUUUUAACACCUUCUACUGAUACUACUAUUUCAACACCAACCACUGAUACUGCUAUUUUAACAACUUCUACUGAUACUACUACUUUAACACCUUCCACUGAUAAUACUAUUUCAACACCUUCCACUGGUACUACUACUUUAACAUCUUUCACUGAUACUACUAUUUUCACACCUUCCACUGGUACUACUUCUUUAACAUCUUCCACUGAUACUACUAUUUUAACACCUACCACUGCUACUACUAUUUUAACACCGACCACUGAUACCACUAUUUCAUCACCUACCCCUUCUACUGCUACCACUACUACUACUUCGGCACCUACUUCUCAAUCGGAAACGAUGUCUACCUCAACAUCGAGUCCAACAUCAAGCUCGCCUUCCUCACCAACAGGAACCAACUGUACAGUGCCUACAGUGCCUGAUGAUGUUACGGUGAAUGACGUUGUCAUGUGCCGGCCCGGGGACACUGUCGUAUCGGGCACAUCUUGUACAUUCGGAUGCGAGAAUAUUGAAGGAACAAUCACUACCAUUUGCACGGCUGAAGGAACGUGGGAGCCAGAAGCACCCACUUGUGGAACUUUAGGCGGCAUUACUAAUGUAAUCAUGUCUAGCAUAAGUACCGAUAAUGCAACUGGGAGAAAAAGACGGGAUGUUUUGCCUUCGGACAACGCAGCCGUGUUAAUAGUACAAGAAACGUAUGAAAUGACAAUUCUAAGGAUCAAUACAACAUACCUUGUUAACUCAACAACCGUCAGCGCUCAGAAUUCUAUCAACGACAUCUUGCAAAUGAACUUACUAUUUGGUAUCAUGUACACAUCGGGCACCAAUGUGGACUUUUUAAUAAAACAGGUCAAGGAGGCGUUACUCGCUGUGGAGGAGUUUACUGUUAUUUCAGUAGAUGUAUCAGAUCUGGACACAAUCUGCUCUUCGUCCCCAUGUGAGAACGACGCCGAGUGCACUGUUGAUUACAACAACCUGAAUUUUACAUGCAGCUGCGCCGUCUGGUAUUCCGGACGUCUAUGCUCCGACUCGUCCAGUGUCCUACUCAUCGCCGUAUUCGUACCCAUAUUUACUCUCGUCGUCGCUUUCACCAUCUUCAUCAUCGUCCUUGUCCUAUAUUUUCGUGCUCGCCUUCACCACUAUAAAAUGGGCAUGAAGAACAAGAAUAGAUACCACGAUGUCAUGCAGCAGUUGUUUUUCACGGAGGACAAGACACCAGGGUACCACGAUCAAGGAACGUGGAAGAACAGUGUCUUGGGCCUUCGGUUCAGCAAAGAAAUCAAUGCCCUCAUGCGAGAGAGAUCUCAACAAAUGGAACUUCAAGCACAGCACCCAUUCGCAUUUUACAACGGUCCUGCAGAUAGACAUCGUCGCCAGACGGAUCAUGUCCCCAAUGGACGCGGUCUUUCCAACGGACAGGUUACGGGUGACCAGGCGUUGCAGACGUUUCAUCCGAACGGUAUCCGCAGUCGGGAUAUCGCUUACCCAGGCCACGUGGUGGACAGUUCCAACAUGGAGUAUAACUACGCGGAAAGUAAAAAUAACAGGAAGACACCAAGGCAUUCUUCCCGCGGUAACUAUAGAAAAUGAGCAGCCGCCCAUCUCUCAAAAUGUAGUUUACAACCGAGGACGGACCAAAGACGGUUUGGAUGGUAUGAACGGGUCUCCAUUAGAAAGAACUAUAGAAACAGAGGUAUAUCCCUUGCUAUGCAUGUAAGACCGGUUUUAACGACACACUGGUCACGUCUUUCGUUUGGUUAAAGGUCGGUCCCAGUUGUAAAUAACAAUUUCUGAAUGAUUUAAUUCAAUUUGUUACAGAGCAAAACCCCCCUCAAUUCAUACUGCAUUUGAAUUAAAUGGUACUGUAGAUGUUUCGUUUAAGCUCAUGGCCUUCAGUUAAUAUCUAAAUUCUGAAUAAGAAUUGUGAAUAAAUUCGAAUAUAGUUUUAC